AUGUCAAAAAAUCCCGACGGUUUACGCCCAAUGUUGACAACAGUUCAAACAGAUUCGUCGUCUGUUUAUCGUUCAGUUGAUCAGAAUAAGGCGAGACAGAAUACAACAGAGGAGAAAAUCAAUGCUAGAAAGUGCGAACAAGAACGUGUACAAAAGAAGACAUUUACAAACUGGUUGAAUACAUAUUUGUGUACUGCCAAUCCACCUUUUAAAGUUCAAGACUUGUUUGAAGAUAUCAAGAACGGAAUACUGUUGAUUAGAAUUCUAGAAGUUUUAUCAGGCGAGAAAUUAAGAGCAGAAAAUCGACCUCAAAUGCAAAGGAUUCAUUACCUGUCAAAUAUCAAAACUGGAUUGGAAUUUCUGAAUUCAAAGAAUGUUAAACUGGUAAAUGUAAAUCCAACGGAUAUCGCUGAUGGGAAGCCAGCAAUUGUUCUUGGGCUUAUAUGGGUCAUUAUACUUUAUUUCCAGAUUGAAGAACAAGAGGAAUUACUUCUUAAAAUUUUGGACCUUCCGGAUGGUUCCCUUAAAACGAGAGGUUCAGCUAAACGAGCCCUACAAGCCUGGGUUCAGGAAAUAUUCGCCGGAAAAUACGAUGUACAAAUCCGGGAUUUCGGUCCCAGCUGGCGUGACGGCAUAGCAUUCAAUGCUAUGGUGCACAAUAUUGAUUCAAGUCUAGUUAAUAUGGAAAAAGUCAAGACGAGGACACCUAGAGAAAAUUUAGAGCAUGCAUUCACUCAAGCUGAAAAACAUUUGGGCAUACCAAGACUACUUGACCCUGAAGAUGUCGAUGUUGACAGACCAGAUGAAAAGUCGAUUGUUACGUAUGUUGCUCAGUUUUUCAAAGCUUAUCCAGAUGCAGGAAGACGAAGACCGGAUUCACCAACAAAAACAGAUGUCAAAAUGAAACUCGACAACCUUUUGAAAUUUGUUCGAGAAUCAGAGUCAAAAAUCAGGGCGGCUCGGUCUGGAAGCUCAAGUUUCAAUGAUCAGUAUCAAGUCUAUGAACAAUUAGUUAUCGAAAAGGAGAAAGAAGAAGAGAAUUAUGAAUCCCUUAAAGAUCAAUGGUACUCUGGUCUCCUAUCUCACACUGAUUCACUGAUUAGUUCAAUUGAAGUAGAAAUCUUAGAAGAAUCAUGGAACAACCUGGAAGAAAGUAUUGACGAAUGGUUAUGGGAAUUAGAUGGGAAAGUACCUGGUGAAUUUGGCCGUGUAUCUAAGUGGUUAUGUAAAGCAGAAAAAUGGCUCAAACAGGUGACCUCAAAAUGGUAUCAAAAGUCAUACGUUACAGAGGCGUUGGGUUUCUGUGGUACAGAGAAAGAAUCAUGGCGUCCAUCAAGUGCUGAACCACUGAACUCGCCUCCAUCAAGUGAAUUGUUAGAUAAGCUACAAAAUGAAAAGACGGAAAUCUUUGGUACUAACAACCAUAAACUUAACUCAAUUCGUGAUGACUUAUCUCGAACCAUCUCAAAUGAAAGAAUCACCGAGUUGCCUAGCUGCCUGAUUGACAGACUAGGUAAACGUUUGUCAAAAGUAACCGGUCAUGAGCCUGGAAGUAGUGCAGUCCUAGGUGCAGCUAAAGCUCGUAGAACAUUUCUCGACUUGUUGUAUAACAUCAAUCGAACAGAAACAAGUACGGGUGUUCGUAUACGUAGUCGUCGAAGGGAGAGUGCUACUGGUUUUGAGCAUCGUUAUUGUAAUUGGUUGAACUUAGUCGAUGGGAAUAUAGAAACUGAGACCAGAGAAAUGGUAAAUGGGAUCCUCACAGAUUAUCAGCUUUGCAUUAGAACUGAGCAUAUUCCAGAAAAGUUAGAUCAAUGCAAAUGUGAACUUGGCAAACACUUUGGACUUUUAAAUAAAAUCGCUCAAUAUGAUGAUAAUCUGUUACCGGAAAAUGCUUUAGAAAUAAUUCAACGAUGGCAAGAUGACUGUGAAGCCAAGUGGAAUUUAGAGAAAUCCAAUCAUCUCAUACAAUUGGGUGAAAGGAUUAAACAGCGUCUAGCUAUGUGGGAUAAGCUAGACCAACAAGUCAGAAACAUAGAAACUUAUCUGACACAGCUAGAAGGUUCGGCGUCUAAAGAAAACGAAUGGCUGAAGCAACGAGAUGAAAUUUUCAGAUUAUUACAGGAAGCCAAUGAAGCUGCUAACUAUCUUGGUGAAUCAGCUGAUCACCAUAGAUUGAAAAUGUUUCAAAAACGGAUUGAGAAAUUAGAGGUUGAAGUUGGAGAAUUUCUACACAACGCUGUCGCUUUAAGCCAAAACCCUGAUAUUCAACCGAUAAACGUUGAGCAGAAUAAAAGAUUACGUCAACUAGAAAACUGUGUAGACAAAUUUAGUAGUUUACUUCCAUUGAGAUUAAAAGAUUUAAUUGAUAUGAUGGAUAAGACACAAGAGAUUGAACACAAUCUCAGCGAAAUUACUGAGCGAUUGAAACAAAUUGAAGAUAAGCAAGGUAGAAUUUUGUUCAAUAAUGACGUUAACACCUGGGAAGGUUCUCAGUUAUGCCUUGAGUUUAACGACUGUCGUGGACAUUUAACGUUUGUCAAUGGUCAAGUGAAUGAUUUAGAACGUGCACUCAAUUUACAGAGUAGCCGUGGGAUAGCACUGAAUGAACGCUUAACUAGUAUGGAGAAGAUAAUUAAGCGUGAAAUAACCUACAAACAGUCAAUUAAAGAAGCAUUCACAAAGUUCAAACAACAGAUGGACGAAAUAAAAGAAGCUUUGAAAGACUUAAAGUCUGUAGUAUCAAAUGGUGGUAUCAGAAAAGAAGAGUUGGUUAAUUUGUUAGAUAAUUUAAAAACACUACGUUUCAAAUACUUAGAAAAUGUUAAAGCCAAUGAGAAACAGUGUCAGAAUUUCCUGAAUUCGGCUUCAUCUCACGGUGACAACAGUUUGGUGAUUGAUGAAAUGAAAACAAAAAUAUCUCAGAUGAAAAACGAAAUGAAUGAGCAAUGUCAACAAAUCGAUAAAGAUUUGCAAGGUUUAGAUGUUCAGAUAAAUAGAUCUCUUAAAGAAGCUCAUGAUGCCGAAGAGAAAACGAACAAGGCAGAUCAGUGGUUAGUUAAUCAAGAGCGUCGUCUUACAGCUUUAUCAUCCGGACCAUCGAACCCAUCAAAUGAUCAGGUGGAUAAUGUGUCAAAUAGAAUAAAAUGUCAUCAACAAUGGGUUGAUGAAUGUAAGACUUUUAUUACAAGCAUAAAAAAUCAGUCGAAAAAAAAUGAAGUAUUCGCUAGACGAGAAGACAUUGAUUCGGUAUUUGAAAUCAAAAAAUCUCCCUUUUCAGAUUUAGUUGAAGUGAUGUGCAGUCGACUGGAACGUCUAGAAGAUGAUGCAAAAAAAAUCUUUAACGAAGCACAAGGACAACUGAAAACCUUAAAUUCCUUUUCAAACCAAAUGGAACAUUCUCGUAGAUGGUUUGAUAGAAGUUGCAGUGAGCAUAGUGAAAAGCUGAACAGUGUGACAACCAGUGAAGUAAACCAUAUGAGUCCAGACUAUUUAAAGCAUUUGUUGACAGACAAACACAAAUGUUUGACUGGUUUUGUUGCAGUGCUCAAUGAUGAAGGAGAAAUACAUCUAACUCAGUGUCGUGAUAUGAUUCAACAAAUAGUCGAUUCGACUGGUCGCAAUGAUACAACAGCGUUAGUGAUGUUGGCUCGUCGAGAGUUGUCUGCUUUUCAAUUGGAAUUGAGUAGUGUACGAAAGGAGAAAGAGGCAGAAAUAAAAGAUAUGGAGGCCAAAAUUAGCCGUCACUCUAAACUGAUCAGCAAUAUUGAAACUGAAGAGAACUGGUUGAAUGACAUUGAACAACAAGCUAAUCAGGAUUCUACCUAUCCAAGCGAUCCUCAAUCGAGUGUCGACAUAACAACACGAAUUCAGGAGGAGAAUAAUCGUUACUACCAACUACUCAACAGUAUAAAUUCACAUGGUCAACAAGUUUACGAACGUUUGCAGUUUGAAGCUCAGUCGCUGGAAGACACUGCUUCAUUGAUACGAAUCACUAGUUGUCAAAACAAACUUCAGAAGUUAAAACAAAACUUAGAUCUAAAAGUUUCUAAAGUGACUGUGCAAAGCAAGUCAAUCCACGACUUUCAGCAAGCUGUUGACAGCUUCAGAGUAAGCUAUGAAGAUCUAGAACGUCAGCGAAUUUCAAUCACUGGAAUACCAACAGUGAAUUAUGUGAAUAUGGAAACUGAUAGCCAGUUAUUGGAGAAUUUAUACUUCACUAAGAAAAAGCAGAUUGAAGAACUUCGUGCAAACAGUAGAAUGGAACUACAGUCAAAGUUUAGUCAUUUAAACAAUCAGGCUAAAUCCAUCCAUCCUAUUCCAAAAGACGUUCGCGACUGUCAAGAGCAAACUGAACAGUUCAGCAAACAGAUAGAUCAAGAUUAUAACGAAAUCACCAACACUCUUGCAGGAUUGUGUCAGUUAAGUAAGUUGGUUGAGAGCGUUCGAGGUUAUCUUAGGCAAAACGCUGAAAAAGUUUUUAUCAUUUCUGAGAAGGAGCCAUCUCAUCCAGACGAUCUUGACGCUAAUGAACUGUACAAAUUUUACGAGUCCAACUUUGAAGAAAUGAAAUCAGUUUCUCAAAAUCUAGGAGUUGAAUUAAGUCGUGAAUCACCAAUAAAUCGCAAUAAAUCCUCAAAACUCUCUUUACUUGAAGAAGAAAUAAUCCACAAAAUUGAUAAUCUAAUAACAAUCCAUCCAAAAGUCUACAGUUUUCUGAUUCCAUUGCAAACUGAUUUACGUGGGAAAAUCAGUCAAACAACAACCGAUGUGUUUAAUAAAUUAUCUGAAAUGUCCAGAUUCGUCAGUAGUUUACAUACAGUUGCGGUUUGCUACAAUGAGGCUCAAAAUAGCUUGGAUUCAAUCGAAAAAGAUUAUGAUAAUAUAUGCAUACAGAUGUCCACAGGAAUAGAUGAAAACUGUAUAAAAAUAUUGAAAAAUUUAUUGGGUCGCUUAGACUCAGAAGGAUUGACAAAUGACGUUUUAUCGAGUUGUUUAAAACGGUUCAGUAGACGUAAAGAAGCACUGAUCGAUAAGAUUAAAGGAGCAACAGAGAAAUGUGAACAGUUAUGUCGUCUUGAAAAUAAUUUCUUAGGUAAUUUGGAAGAAUUAAAAGAUGAAUACAACCAACUUUCAAACUCCAUAAAUGAACUGUCCAAUUUAUCAAAAACGCAAAAAUCUUUUGAUAAAGACUUUGAUUGUCAAAUUGUCACGUUAUCUGAGACAUAUUCAACACUGAACAGUCGUUAUGAGAAAUUACGCGAUAACUUUAAAGAAAAGAACUUAAAAAGUAAUAAAAUAAAUGAAAUUGUAUCCAUAUUAGAUUCAAAUAUCCAUAUCAUCAAUGAAAAUUUAGCGAAUUUAAAGGAUGCAUACAAAACACUAAGGGAUAAUUUCUUGACUAUUCAAAUGAAACUGAAUCAGUGCAAGGAAAAUUUGAAUAAAAUUAAGUUGGAAAUUUUAAGAAGUUUAAAUAAAUUCAGUGUAAAGUCAACCAAGAAUACUUCAUUUCAGCAAAUUUUAGAAUCUAUGAUUAAUGAUUUAAAUGAAUAUCAUAAUGAUUUCAGCAAUAUUCUAGAGAUAACCAGUAAAGAUGAAAAGAAACGCUUCAGAAAUUCAACUGUUAAUAAGACUAAGGAUCUGUACAAGCUUGUUGCAGAAAUUAUAGAGCUAAGAAAUAACUUACCUACUGUAUCAAGUUAUGCGAUCGAGUGGGAUGACUUCGGUAAUGAGCUGAACACCUUAAUAGAAUGGACUCAUGAUAUUAUUUGUGAGUUUAAAGUUAUCCUAUCAGAUUAUGAAAACCUAUUGAUAAAAAUGGGAGAAUUUGAGAAAUUGUAUGAAGAGACUAAACAAACUGUUUCCGACAAAUCAUUGGAUGCAGAAAUUGAUGUGACAUCUAUAGUGAAAAAUCAAAAGUCACCGAAAACAAAACUAAUCAAAGACCUAGAAGCCAUUAAAGAAUAUCAAAUGUUCAGUUUGAGAAAUGAUUUUAAAUUUAUUAAACAACAAGCAAAUCGAUUAUAUACUAAACCACAGUCGAGUACACAGUUUAGAUUUAUGGAUGAUGUAAGUAUUGUUGAGUUUUGUGAUCGUUCAGAGAAGUUGUUAGAUGAAUUAUCAAAUAAUUUAAAUGCUGUUUUAGCAAAAUAUAAAAGUCUAUUGGAUGAUGAAAAUCAGUUGGUUAAAUUAUACAAUACCGCCAACGAAUGGGUUACGAAUUAUGAAAGGGAACUGUCCAGCCUUGAGGAAAAUAUACCUAUUCAUGUGGAGCAUUUGCAAUCUUCACCAACACAUAAACACAUUGGAAAAUAUAUAAAAGAUGCUAAUGAUCUGGAGACUAAACACUCACAAGGUGAACAACUAUUGGAUAUGUUAGUUAAUAAAUUUGACCAGUAUGAUCAAUUGCCAAACAGUCCUGAGUUUAAAACACUGUAUGAACGUAUAACUGCUCUAGGAAGAUCACGUUUAAAUACGCUAAAAACUGACUUAUUACGUAUCAAAGAAAAUUUAGACACCCUGGAAUCUAAUGGAAAUAAUUUAGAUGAGGAACUUUCUAAUUAUGAAAGCCAACUUAGCAAACUUGAACAGAAGUCAACCACACAGAGAAUUUGUAAUCUAGAAGAUCUUAUGAAAGAAGAUAUAUCUCCAUGUGGAGGAGAAUGGUAUGCACUACUGAACGAUUUAGAAAGAUUUAAACAUGGCAGAUUAGACUCUUAUGAGGCAAAGCAUAGAAAAGCUACCUUGAAGCCGUCAAAAGACUACCUGACUGAUUUUAAGAAACGUUAUGAUAAAUGUUUGAAUACAAUAAAGCGGAGAACUGAAGAAAUGGAAAGGGAUGCCACAAAAUUGGAAAAAUUGAAAGAAAAACUGAGAGACUUCAAUAAAUCAUUUGAAGAUGCAUGUGUUAAGUUUAAAAAGAUGAUAAAUCAGUUAAAACUAGAAUUUUCUGAACAAUACUCGUAUGCUAAAUUGAGUGAAGUAUGUCAUUUGUUCAACAAAAAUUUGGAGCAAAUAAUGACCAAUUUAAAUGAAUUUUAUUCAAAUGUUAUGGAAAAAUUGGAAGCUACUCAAACAGAUAUAAGUAACCAAAUUCUAGAAUGUGAAUUAAAAGUUUCAUUUCAGAGUUCAUGGAUUUGUCAUAAUUACACUUCAUUUAAAUGCGAACUGACGGACUACAUGCAUGACGUUGGUGAAUUGAACAAUGAAUUAGUGGCGCUUAAUCUGGAUAUUGUAGGUUAUGAGAAAUGGGUUGAAAACUUGGAGAAACAGUACCAGAGGACAAAAAAAGAAUAUUCUUCAGAUGAAAUACUAUUUAGUAAGAGUAAUAUCUAUCUUUCGAAUGUAGCACUACCAGCAAAUGAACUAGAUAGUGAAUCGAAUAACAAUUCGGCUAACUUAAUACAACUUAAUUCAUACUAUCAAAAAUCUUUGCAGAGACUACGUGAAUUACAAAAAUUAUCAAUGGAAUGUAAUCCUCCCUUCAAUAUCCUAUCAGAAAGGUUUCUAACACUAAUCAGACAAUUGGUGAAUACACACACCUCUUUUAUAAAAGCAAAUUCUGAAUUACAGUCAGAUAGACAGGCUGUAAGCAACAGAGUCAAAACUGACAUUGAUUUCAUUGAGCAAAUUUGUAGCACCUCAAGACAAGCGCAUCAAACCAUAGUUAACCAAGUUAAUGAAGAUACUAGCUUAGUUCAAACUAAGUUAACGUAUUUAACAAGACUGAUACAAUCAAACAAGGACUUAGAUGCAUGGAUUAAAGAAUUUUCACAGUUAAUAGAUCACUCGAGAUCUGACAGUAGUCAGAAGCAAUAUUUGUCUCAGGAUCAUAGUAGGACAGGUGAAAUUCAACUGAAGUUAGACAUUGGUAAAACAUAUGUCCAACCAGUACAUGAAUGGGUUGAACAGUUGAAGCAAAAUGAAUUGAACACUUCAAUACAAGAUUUACUGACUCAUCAAAUUAGUCGAUCAAAUCAAAUCUUUCAGUAUGCAGCUAAACAAGUAGAAGGCAUCAAACACGAACACAAUAAGCAAAAUGAAUUAUUGAAAAGUUUUGAAAUCGAAUUUAUGUCUACUGAGAAUUGGUUUAAAAAAUGGAAAGAAAAUUAUACUUCUUUGAAGGUUAAGACUUCGAAUUUAUUAUCAAAGAAAAGUUGUUGGGAUGAGGUUAAUAAUAUUGACCUUGAAAUUGACAGCCUCAUGGACUGUUUUAAUGAAUUAAAGAAAGAAUUGAUAACUAAGCAAAGUUUAUUAAUGAAUUCGGAAAGUAAUUUGAAUACAAUAGAAAUUAACCGUUCCACGCAAAAGAAACUACUGGUUAAUGAAAUCAAGGAACAUGAACAAUUAGUAGAUCAGAAUAUUGUUUCUUUAAAACGUGUGAAAAGCAAGAUGCGAGAAUUAAAUACAUGUUUAAAGAAAGCGAAACAAUGGGCAGGAGAAAUCGCAGAACAGUUACCAAGAUUACGUGAUGGAAAGAGUCCUAUUAGAAUUUCACCUUAUCCUCUUAGAAGUGAGACUAUCAAAUCAGGACAUUGGAAGACAAGCUAUUUAACAGAUUAUCAAUACACUACUAAUACAAUUACACCUCAAACAAAACAUAUUCAAUUUCAGCAAACCGGUGAAUUCAGAUCAUCAACUCCACCAGCAUUCUGUAGUUUAAUGCAACAGACUAAAGGAAAAGUUGAUGUACUGAACUGUUUCAUUGAAGAAGUCACAAAGUCUGCUUCUACAACAGCUAAAGAUGUUAAUACACUUCUAGAUGAACUGGAACCUGAUAUAUCUGAAUUAAGAAUUAACUCUGAGGUAAUAACAGCUGAAGUCGACUUAAUCCAGAGUCAAGUUGAACAAGUUAUCUCAAACGCUAUUGAUAGUAAAAAAGAUUUAGAAGCAUUAAUUGAUCGGUUGAGUCGACUAGACGAUUCAUUAAGUAACUGCAAGAGUUGGCUUACUGCCAGUUUUUCACAAGUGAAGAAGAUCAGUCAACAAGCAAUAUCAGGGAUUACAGACUUAUCCGUUAAUCAAUCUGUUGGUGAUAAGGAACACUUACUCAUUGAUAUCUUCUGUCCACUUGAUGGGAUUAUUCAAAAUUAUCAGGUAUUUCAAAGUGAGCUUAUGUCUCGCAAGUCAGAGCUGACUCAGUUAAACAGCCUUUGUGAAAUGAUUCAAGAAAAGAGCAAUGAUUCAAGUGCUAAGAAUUGUUUGAAUCAACUACUGGUUCAGCUCCACAGUUUAAGUAAAAGUUGUGAAGAUGUUUUGUCUAAACUUCAGUUCGUUUUAUGGAGAAUAGAGAGUUUCAAUGCAGAAAUAAAAGGAAUUGAUAAAGGUGAUCAAAUCUCAGCUCAAUCCGAAACUGAUUUGAAUACACUUACAAAUAUGCGUGAAAAACUGCGUUCAUUACAGCCAAAACUUUUGGAGUUAAGUGAUAGGGCUGAUAGAAUUUGUCGGGCUUCUUCAACUGCUGCGCUGACAAUGAAUCAGAUGUUCAUACUACAUACAAGUCAGUGUGAUUCUACAGUCUCAGCAAGUUUACCUGCUUUUGUAGACUUAAGUCAUCAUUCAACUAUUCAACAUGGAUGGGACGCUUUCAAUACCGAGACUGUUGGAUGCAAAGCUAAGAGGCAGCUGAAUGAAUUUAGAAAAGAGUUCAGUGAAAUAAGUCAACAAAUAACCGAGCAUCAGGAAAAAUUGAAUAACUUGGUAAACGAACAGAAAAAUCUAACCGAACUGUACAAUGAUUUACGAGGUUGGAUCGAUAAAACAGAAAAAAAGAUAACUAUUCUUGAGUCAGGCAGGUUGUUGCAUCCGACUGAAGAAGAUGAACAAAAUAUUCAGCCAUUAUCACGAGGUUAUACAAAGUCAAUUGAGAAUGACUGGAACAUCUACUUUCAACAAGUCAAGGCUUUACAUAAAGAGCUCAAUGAGUAUGCACCGAAACAUGAAGCGUUUUGUGACAGUCUGCCUAAUGCUACAACUGUUAACGGUCAUACAAGCAAAUUCAAUCAAAUGACUGGGAGAUUUACCAAAAUCAAGGAGCGAAUUCAGCAAUGCGCCAAUUGGACCAAUGUCAUUCAACAAAACUUGGCCACAUUUCGUGACUCCGCACAGACUACUGAACGAUGGAUGAGUAGUAUUAAUUUCCGUCUCAUGUCAGCAGGGAAUAAUAAUAGUACUGGUAAUCUGACAGGAAAUUUAUCUACUUAUCAAGAUUCAACAGUACAGAUUGAUCAGUUGAUCAGAGAAAUUGACAAGGAGGGCAAAAGCCUUUUAGAAAAUACGCAUCAAUUAGUUCACUUACUUAUACAUGCUAUAUCAAAGGAUUUUACGAGCAAAACCAACAGAAUUUGUGAAUCUGUUACAUGCCCCUACCGACAAAUUCCACUUGACCAAGAUGUAAUUGAUAAUUGGAAGUAUUUGGUUAAUAGUUCAAAUGAUGAGGGACUUUUGGACAGAAUCGCUUUAGAAACGUUAAACAGAAACAAAGAAAUUGAAACUAAUUACAUAAAUAUCCACACAAAUGCACAGUCAAUUAAGAGUCGAUUAGAUGAUCAGCUGAAUCGUUUCAAAUCUUACAUUGACUCCUUAAAUUCAACCGCUACAUUUAUUUUGAAUGAUUUACAAUCCUGGUGGAAACGAUUAAGUUUAGUUAGUCAGUCUUCCUCCGCAAUAAUGACAGCAGCGUCAGUGACCGGAAUGUCUGCAACGAAUCAGUUUAUUUUGACAACAGAUCCAAUUUCAUCAAAUGGUGUUCAUGCCACAGGAUAUACAACAUAUGCGAAUAAAAGUUUUAUCAGUUAUCAAAUAGAUCGUUUGAAACAGUUGACUACUGAAAAGUCUCCAGCUACAGCUGUGAGCCUUGAAGAUGUUGGGCAUCAGUUAGCUAUGACACUGGCUAUGCAAUCUAAGUUGAUAACAAUGAAAAGAGAAUUGUCAGCAUUUGCAUACAAAUGUGGUAUGUCUUCAAUGGAGGUCGAUUAUAUUCCACAAGAUGAUAACAUCGACAAUAACAAAAGUAACAGCUCCGAUCAAAUCCUCGUGAGACUGUUAGCCAAACAUGUUCAAAACGCAAUUGAUAUUGAAAAUAAAAAGCUUGAAAAUCAUACUGAACAACUACGUGAAUUAAGGGCGAAAUGGGAGCACUAUGUUAAAGAGCGUGAUAAAUUCAGCCGUUGGUUGUCUGAACGUCAGACAGCUUGUCAUCACCUACUAGAGUUGAGAUCAAGGUCUACACAGCCUGAAGAUGAAGAGAGAAGAGCACUCGAAUUUAUCAGGAAAUUCCAACCAUAUACAAGGAUUUCUUUCAGAGUUUAA